AUGGGGAGGACAUGGGAGCAGCAAGGGGCAUGGAGGCUGCAGAUGCCCUCGUGCUCGGGCCCCGUCCCUUUCCGCGUGGGUGCAGGCACGGGCUACGCUAGGUCGUGGCUGGGUCGGGCUCCACCUGGGCCCUCUCCUUGGAUCUCCGGCGGCGCAGCCAGGCCAAGCCGUCAUCGAGCCGCGGGUUGGAGCAGGGGCGGCCGCGGCGCAACGCCCGGGGGAGGAGGUCGGAGGACGAUGGCGAGCAGCCUCGCCUCCACCACGAGCUUCGGUCGCGCCGUCGCUCAAGAGCAGCCAGCUCUCUGGUGCCGGAUGCGGCCGGCGGCGAGGUGCAGCUUGCGAUGUGCAGGCAAGGGCGAGGGAGCGGGCAGAGAAAUUGUUCGGCCCGCGAAGGUUAACGAGGGAUCAGCCGAUGUUUAA